AUGGUGCAGGGCAAGAUCUCCCGGCUCUCGGUCCGUGACCUGCGCUUCCCUACGUCGCUUGGGGGCCACGGUUCGGACGCCAGGACAAGCCACACGGACCCUGACUAUUCGGCUGCCUAUGUCAUCUUAGAGACUGAUGCGGAAGAUGGACUCAAGGGGUAUGGAAUUACUUUCACUCUGGGAAAAGGCACUGAAGUUGUUGUCUGUGCUGUGGAUGCCCUGGCCCACCAUGUGCUUAACAAGGACCUUGGGGACAUUGUUGGUGACUUCAGAGGCUUCUACAGGCAGCUCACAAGUGAUGGGCAGCUCAGGUGGAUUGGUCCUGAGAAAGGUGUUGUGCAUCUGGCUACAGCAGCCGUUCUCAAUGCUGUGUGGGUAUGGGCCAAGCAGGAGGGAAAGCCUCUGUGGAAGUUACUUGUUGACAUGGAUCCAAGGACCCUGCUAUCCUGCAUCGAUUUUAGGUACAUCACUGACGUCCUGACUGAGGAGGAAGCCUAUGAAAUACUGAAGAAAGGUCAAGUUGGUAAAAAAGAGAGAGAAGAGCAAAUGCUGAUGCAUGGCUACCCUGCUUAUACCACGUCAUGCGCCUGGCUGGAGUACUCGGAUGACAUGCUGAAGCAGCUCUGCACCCAGGCACCAAAGGGCGGCUGGACCAGGUUUAAGGUAAAAGUUGGUGCUGAUCUCCAGGAUGACAUCCUUAGAUGCCGACUCAUCAGAAAUAUGAUUGGACCCGAGAAGACUUUGAUGAUGGAUGCCAACCAGCGCUGGGAUGUGCCCGAGGCAGUGGAGUGGGUGUCAAAGCUGGCUGAGUUCAAGCCCCUGUGGAUUGAGGAGCCAACCUCCCCUGAUGACAUUCUGGGACACGCCACCAUCUCCAAGGCAUUGGUCCCAUUAGGAAUUGGCGUUGCCAUAGGAGAAAUGUGCCACAACAGAGUGAUGUUUAAGCAGCUCUUACAGGCGGAAGCCCUGCAGUUUCUCCAGAGUGACAGCUGUAGGCUGGGAAGUGUCAAUGAGAGCCUCUCAGUGUUGCUGAUGGCCAAAAAGUUUGAAAUUCCUGUCUGCCCCCAUGCUGGUGGAGUUGGCCUCUGUGAGUUGGUACAGCACCUGAUUCUAUUUGACUUCAUAUCCAUCUCUGCAAGCCUUACAAACAGGAUGUGCGAAUACGUUGACCACCUGCUCGAACAUUUCAAGUAUCCUGUAAUAAUCAAGAAUGCUUCCUAUGUGGCGCCUAAGUUGACUGGUUAUUACACAGAAAUGAAGGAGGAAUCUGUAAAGAAACACCAAUAUCCAGAUGGUAAAGUCUGGAAGAAACUCCUCACUGCUCAAAGGAAUUAA